AUGUUUUUGUUCGACUGGUUUUAUGACAUACUUGGAUAUCUAGGCCUCUACCACAAGAACGCAAAAAUUCUGUUUUUGGGACUGGACAAUGCAGGAAAGACUACUCUUUUACACAUGCUCAAAGAUGACCGUGUAGCGGUUCACGAGCCCACACUCCAUCCUAACUCGGAGGAAUUGAUUAUUGGCAAAUUGCGUCUUCGGACCUUCGAUUUGGGCGGCCACGAAACUGCGCGUCGACUUUGGAGAGAUUACUUUGCUACAGUGGACGGUGUAGUCUUUGUUGUAGAUGCACUGGACCGCGAACGCUUUCCCGAAUCCAAGCGCGAGCUAGACACGCUGCUGGGCUACGACGAGCUGGCAAAUGUGCCGUUCCUUGUGCUUGGCAAUAAGAUUGAUGUGCCACGCGCUGCAUCUGAAGACGAGCUGCGCAGCUCAUUGGGCUUGUAUGAGACUUAUGGAAAAGAAGCUCGCAGUGACAAAGACGCCAGUAUUCGCCCUAUUGAGCUGUACAUGUGCUCAGUUGUGCGUCGAAUGGGAUACGCUGACGGCUUUCGCUGGAUGGCUCAGUUCUUGUAG